AGAAAACGCAUCUAACCACGUACUUGGCUGCUCUAAGAGUGGUCUGAGGCAAUCAUUAAAUAAGAAGCUUUUUCAACACCAACUUUAGUAAUGAUGCUUUUGGGAAACAGCUGGGAGAUCGAUGAAGGGUUCUAACGAUGAACGUGUCCUUAAGAUGCAUUUGGGAAACUGGUCCCUGAUCUCUCUGUUAUCUGAAAGAGACAAUUCUAACAGUUUCUAUGACUUACUACUGUUUUCUACUUCCUGUAAAUCAGUUAAAUGCCCCCCUCUCCCUCCCAUCAGCAUGCCCCGGGUGUACCUCGUAUCCUGGUCGGCAACCGGCUCCACCUGGCGUUCAAGCGGCAGGUUCCUACGGAGCAGGCCCGGGCGUACGCUGAGAAGAACGGCAUGACCUUCUUCGAGGUCAGCCCGCUCUGCAACUUCAACGUCAUCGAGUCGUUCACAGAGCUGUCUCGCAUCGUACUGAUGAGGCACGGCAUGGAGAAGUUCUGGAAGCCCAACAGAGUCUUCACUCUCCAGGACCUGUGCUGCAGAGCGAUUGUCUCCUGCACGCCCGUCCACCUGAUUGACAAGCUGCCGUUGCCCGGGCGAUAAAUCCACCUCAAGUCCUUCUCUAUGGCCAAUGGGAUGAACGCGGUGAUGAUGCACGGACGGUCCUAUUCGCUGGCCAACGCGGGGGGCGGGUCUAAAGGGAACAGUCUGAAGCGUUCUAAAUCCAUCAAACCCCCCCAGAGCCCCCCACAGAACUGCACACGCAACAACUGUAAAAUCUCCUAGUGAUAGACCCUGUCUGGGGGAGGGGGAGACUGACCCCCUAAACACACUGAAACAGACCCCCUCCCUUCCACUGAGGGGACAGACAAGCUGAGGAGAGGAUGUGUGGAGAGAACCCUGAAGGGAGGAGAUACCCUGAAACAGACCUAGCCCUUACCCCAUACCCUCACCCUGGGGGUGGUGAAACCUAGGAGGAGGAGGAGGGAGGUGUGUGUACACAGACUUGAGGAGACCCGACCAGACAUUUCUGGUCAACCCUCGUCCAUAGGAGGGGUUGUGCUGGAGUAGUAAUACACCCAGAAUACAUCCACACCCAGAAUACAUCCACAC